AUGGCUUCAAAAUCAAUCAUUUGGUCUCUUCUCUUACUUUCUUAUCACAUCUCUCCCUUUAGUGUCAAUGCACAAGGACCUGCUGCUUCACCAUCAACCUCCACCACCACAACUCCUCCUCCAACCACCACUGCUCCUCCUCCAACCACCAUAGCUCCUCCUCCAACCACCAUUGUUCCGCCUGUUUCAGCUACACCUCCACCAGCAGUUACUCCAACUACAUCACCGGCUCCAAAAGUUGCACCAGUAAUUAGCCCCGCAACUCCACCUCCACAACCACCACAAAGCCCGCCUGUUCCAGCUCCAACCGUCUCACCACCACCAGCACCGUCUUCUCCCCCACCGGCACCAGCUUCACCACCACCUGCACCAACUUCACCGCCACCAGUACAAGCACCUUCACCAAUAACUCUACCACCAGCUCCAGCACCGGCUCCUACCAAGCACAAGAAAAAGCACAAACACAAAAGGCAUCACCAUGCCCCAGCUCCAGCACCACUUCCCCCAAGCCCUCCAUCUCCUCCAUCUCCUCCAGUUGUAACAGAUUCACAAGCCACGUCUCCAGCACCAUCACCGGACACGAAUGGAGGAAAUGCUUUGAAUCAGCUUGAAGGAAGAGUAGGAAUGUGGCUCAACACCGCACUUGGAAUUAUCUUUCUGCUGGCUAUGACUGCCUAA